CCGUCCUCUCCACCACACUGCACAACCCACCCACGACUCCACUGCCCUCACCCACCAACCCCUCCCCACUCCAACGAUGGCAUCCAUCCACACCACUCCCGAUCAAAUCUCUCCUGAAGACUUGGUCGAUACCCUCGAGUUACUGCCUCUGCCCGACGAAUCCGCCAAUGACACACACGGGACUGAGUCACAAGUCACAGCCACGGCGCAACAACACCAGGCACAUGUCACCACCCCGGGUACGAAACAACACUCCGUGCAUAUGUGUUCACAACACGCAAACGACACAACAACACCAGGCACAUGUUGUCAACGCCGGGGUACGAAAGUAGACAACAACUCUGUGUGUGCGCUCUGUGUGCACACGAAACCUUUCGAGUGCCCAGCGUCUGGCUGUAGCGCCCGCUUCACUCGUUUCGACUCUGCCAAGCGUCACAUCUGCACGUCGCACAAAGGUGCUGACGUUGCUGACCUUCUGCAAACGUUCAAGAAUAACAGCAACGAGGUUGCCAUUGUGUACCCAUGCCCCGAGAACACAUGUACACAGACCUUCAGCAGCAGACAGGCGCUCUCCAGGCACCAACUACGCGACCACGGAAAACAGAAGGCGCGUGGUCAUUUUCAGUGCCGGAGCGGUUGCGCAGAUGCUGCGUUUUGUACCGCGAAGGAACUCAUGCAGCAUGUUAUUACGGAUCACGACGCCUCAUGUUGUGUCGUGCGUUACUACGCCUCGUGGAGCAGGUUCGAGUCGUGCAUCGCCGCGGCAGAGUGUGACGACUUUGCCCUCGUCGAUUACGUCAAGCGUGACCACACCUGCUGCUUCCCACCAAAAGCUGCCGCGUGGGGCCUCGAACAUGUACAGGUGGAAGAAGAAUUCGUCCGGACGUGCUCUCGGCAUGGCAAUGAGCGACCAUAUCAGGGCACAAUCCGCGCUCACCGUGCAAAGGCGCCAAAACCUGUUGGGUGUUGUCCAGCAAUGAUGUGGGGGCAGGUCUGCAAAGGCGGGCGAGUGCGGGUGGUGAUGUUCAACUACCACUCACAUUCGAAGGACCUGCGUCACCUACAGCUGCCAGGCGUGUUUCGUGCAGAAGUGGCACGUCUCCUUCGUGUCUCGGCGUCUUACACGGCCAUUUAUCAUCAGGUGAAGGCGACCUUUUCCUCGCAUCCACGUAUCAGGUUAGAUCGAUGCGCAUUUUUCAAGCAAGCGCAUGUCUUACAACGUUGCUCAGGAGUACUAGCCUGGAUCGCUUUUGAUGCGGAUGACGCCGCUUCUGGUGUGCGAACUACUAUACUCACACAUUCAUACACUCUCACACUCACACACACACACACACACAACACGAUACAGGUCUUUCAGACAGACACACACACACACACACACACACACACACACACACACACACACACACACACACACACACACACACACACGCACACACGCACACACACACGCACCCAGAGAUAUGCACGCAUUCACCUGAAGAACCACACCCUUACGUGCUCUUCGCUGUCCGUUACCUCGUGGCACAUGCCUGGUUGUUUAAUCAUUGUGCUCCGAUGGGCGCAGUCCUUUCACCGCGUUCUCAAGGAACACCUUGACAGGAAAUCGGGGCGUGCUGACUACCUGCUGCGCCGCUUGCUCUCAUUCGCGGAGGAGCAAAGACAGAAGGUUCUACACGCUCAAGUCAAUGGAGUGGUUACGAAGGCACAACGCUGCGCGUCAUCGGCACUCAGCAUCGCUAAGCAAGCGGGUCCAAGUGUUGAUCGCACCAGUGACUUGUCGUUCACAGUCACCGACCGAGCCACAUCAUUUCCCGUCGCUGCCCCAACGCCAGAACACAAACCAAGCCGGCACACAGGACGAACCAAAGAUCGCGUGAAACAGCUCAUGCGCACGAUGUCGCGGCAGCUGGACAAAAUCACAGAAUACCCCUCGGGGAUUGUCGUUGACCUUGAGGACAUUUGCACUCUCAUCGACCGCCUCACGGACAGGAUCUCCAUCAUUGCCGACGGGCAGAAGCGAUGUCGACAAGCGGGCAUCAAGCAGGAACACCCCCGGAAAAGAGUGAAGACACUGGCCCCGUCGAGACUGCGGCUGUUCCCUGUGCGCGGCCGCAGGGGAGGCAAGAAGGCGGCAAGCACUCGGGAGGGCGCGAGGAAACCGCUGUUUCAUGAUGCGUGGCAACCGAAGUCGGAGUCAAAUGACGCGGAGCCCGCAGUGCAAGGUGCCCAGCGAACGGAGCCAGUUUUCAAGGAACAGCAGCUCCAACCUCGCGGCGAGGCCUUGAGGCAGCGAAAUGAUGUCACUGAUGGCACCCACGAGCAGCAAGCCCUCAAAACAUCAAGCAGAUGA